CGCUCCAUACCCUUCUGCAACUAGAGAGCGGACAUGUUAGCCCUGUCGUAACGGGGAUACACGGGUAGUUGGACACUUAGUGCAGGGAUUUUCUGCUAGGGAAAUCAUGGACGCCGUAAACGCUUUUAACCAUGAGCUGUUCUCCUUGAUGGACAUGAAGCCCCCAAUAUCUCGAGCCAAGAUGAUAUCCAUCACUAAGUCGGCCAUCAAAGCUAUGAAGUUAUACAAACACGUGGUCCAGAUUGUUGAGAAGUUCAUUAAAAAGUGUAAGCCGGAGUACAAGGUGGCAGGUCUAUAUGUUGUAGACUCCAUCGUCCGACAGUCCCGUCAUCAGUUUGGCAUGGACAAGGACGUGUUCGGGCCACGGUUCACCAAGAACAUCACGGGAACGUUUGAGAACCUCUGUCUCUGUCCCACUGAAGAACGGAGUAAGAUAGUGCGUGUAUUGAAUCUGUGGCAGAAGAAUGGUGUGUUUAAGAUGGAGAUCAUCCAGCCUCUUCUAGAUAUGGCGACAUCUGGUUCCAGCAGUGUUGCAGACACCGAGAUGGACGACCCAGACCCAGGUUUCCCCUCAUCCCCAUCACCAGUAAAGGGUAAGGUCACCUCAGUAACUGAAAACACUGUUGUGGCGCCUGUCUCUCAGCUUCAGAACUCUGACGCAUUCGCCGCUGUCGCUCAGCUCUUCCAGUCCUCAAAGGGACAACAGCUUCAACAAAUUUUCCAGAACUUUCAACAAAAUCCGUUAAAGCCUCAGACUCAUCCCUUCCCACCCCAGACCCACAGCCACCCCCAGCCUCAACCUCAUCCUCAACCCCAUCCCCAGCCUCAACCUCAUCCUCAACCCCAUCCCCAGCCUCAACCCCAUCCUCAACCCCAUCUCCAGCCGCAUCUCCAGGCUCAACCCCAUCCUCAGCCGCAUCUCCAGGCUCAACCCCAUCCUCAGCCGCAUCUCCAGGCUCAACCCCAUCUUCAGCCGCAUCUCCAGGCUCAACCCCAUCCUCAACCCCAUCUCCAGCUGCAUCUCCAGGCUCAACCCCAUCCUCAGCCGCAUCUCCAGGCUCAACCCCAUCCUCAGCCGCAUCUCCAGGCUCAACCCCAUCCUCAACCGCAUCUCCAGGCUCAACCCCAUCCUCACCCCCAUCACCAGGCUCAACCCCAUCACCAGGCUCAACCUCAGCCUCCUGCCAACCUCCACCACCUCCACUCCCAGCUCCAUCUCCAGUCCCUGACCCCCGCCCUGGGUACGACCGCUCAGCGACUCCCCCUCCCCUCCAGCGAGCUCAGCCAGCAGAAAACAGCGUUUGACAAGGUGGCUACGCUGUUGGACCGUUUUGACUAUGACGAUGAGCCUGAGGGAGCCGACGAAUCAAAGAAGGACCAGACGUCUUUUACCCAGCAGCCUCCAGGUUUCCCCCAGCACUUUCAACAACACAUGAUGGGCAUGGUCCAUGACCUCCCACGCCAGAUAUCUCUGCCUCCUAACGGCCAGCUCCAGGGCUAUGGUUUGCUGCCGGGCCAGGCCUACCCAGGAAUGGUGGUUCCUCCAGGUCAGCCCCUCCCUGGUACAGGACCUCCAGGCUUCCCUGGGGGAUACCCUCCAAACAAGGACGCCUUUGGCCAACACGUGGGCCAGCAGGAACAGGAUAUGAAUAUGGACCUGGACCCCCCCUCUAUGAAGGAUGGAAGACACCGACCAGAUGGCAGGAAGUCACCAUCGGGAUCUAGGUCUCCUAAGAGGAGGCGGUCGCGGUCCAUCUCUAGAACACACCGGUCCAGAGACCGCCGCAGACACUCCCCGCGGUCACGCUCCCAGGAACGCAGGGAGAGAGAGAAGGAGAAGGAGAAGGAGAGGGAGAGACGACAGAAAGGACUGCCACAGCCCAAGGCUGACACGCUGAGCGUGUGUAGCACCACUCUGUGGGUGGGUCAGCUAGACAAGAGAACCCAGCAACAGGAUGUAGCCUGUCUACUGGAGGAGUUUGGACAGAUAGACUCCAUCAACAUGAUUCCUCCUCGAGGUUGUGCCUACAUCGUCAUGGUCCACAGACAGGAUGCAUUCAGAGCUCUGCAGAAGCUCAGCAGGGGAUCCUACAAAGUCAACCAGAAAGCCAUCAAGAUUGCGUGGGCCUUGAAUAAAGGGAUCAAGGCGGAGUUGAAGCUGUACUGGGAUGUGGAGCUGGGCGUUACCUUCAUCCCCUGGUCGAAGAUACGACAAGACCAGCUAGAGGACGUCAGAGAGGGAGGGACGCUGGACCCAGACACACUGGACCCAGAGUGGAGGAGUGUUCAGAACAACCAGGAGACACCAGAGGAGUUCAGACAAAAUGGCCGCUCUGAGCCGUUAGCCACAGUGGAGGACACAGCUGGGACCGCACCUGUAGACGCUCCUGUACAGGUGCAUCCGGUCCAGGUGCAGUCGAUGGGAGGUGUAGGUUCUCUCCAGCAGCACCCCUCCUUCCCCCCUGGGCCUGGCCCUCCUCCUGGUGGUCCCCCCAUGGGUCUGCCUCCCCCUUCCUUCCCCCCUGGUGUCCCGCCCGGACCUCCUCCCUCCUUCAUGAGACCGGGACCAAGGUUCAACCCCAUGCAGAUGAUGCCACCUGGUUUCCUUCCGCCUGGGUCGAUGCCAUUGGGCCCCUCUGGCCCCCCUCCCUCAGCAGCAGGGGGUGUAGGGGUAGUUGAACUGUCUCUGGAUCCAGCCGGCCUGGGUAACCAGGUGCCUGGUCCUCCAGGGGGCUCACCAGGCGGUCCCAUCCCGCUGUCUGGAGGUCUUCUUGGGGCUCGCCCCGGCAUGAUCCCCCUCCAGCGCCCCCCAGUCCACUCUCCUGGUCCGGUCCUCCCCCCACCUCACAUGCAGCGCUUCCCUCCUCCCCACGGUGGCCCACAUGGCCCCCACCCCCCUCGGGGCCCUCCCCACCACAACAUGCCACCCCAGAUGAUGCCACCCAACAGGGGCCCCCACCCUCACAUGAUCCACCACGAUGGCCCCCCUCUGCCGCCCGGGGGCCCACGUGGGUUUGGGAUGGGCAUGCCCCCUUCCCAUCCCAUGAGGGGUCCCUUCCCUCCCCACGGGCCCCUCCCUGGGGGGCCCCCACCACCCUUCAUGAGGGGGGGCCCUCGAGGGCCAGAUGGGCCGGAGGAGAUUGAGGGGAGGGGGCCCUUCAGGGGGGAGAGACCUGGGUUUAGGGACAGGGAUCCAGACAGGGAGAGAGAGAGGGACUGGGAGAGGGAUAGGGAGAGGUUUGGUGGAGGGGGAGGGUUUGGGGAAGGAGGGGGAGGAGGAGGAGGAGGAGGAUGGGGAGAAAGGAUGGAGGGAAGGGAAAGGUUUGGGGGGUGGCAGGAGGACGGGGGAGAGCCGAGAGGAGGAGGGUGGGAGAGAGAUAGAGACAGGCGGGACUGGAGAGAGAGACGAAGCAGUCCUGAUGGAGAGAGGGAACGAGGGGAGGAGGAGACGGAGGAGAGAGUGAGCGUGGAAGGAGUGCGGGAGGAGAGAGGGAGCGAGGUAGAGGAUCAGAGGUAGGGGGAGAGGGGAGAGGAGAG